AUGGUGUCCAAUCCUUUUCACACCGAUGCUUUAAGAGGCCUGUGUACCAGCGACCAACUCAAACUUCUCGAUUCUAUCGACAGCCUGCGCUCUCAAGGCAUCAGCCACUAUGUAUCUCUGCCACAGAUCAUCGUGUGCGGCGACCAGUCAUCCGGGAAAAGCUCCGUGCUCGAAGCCAUCUCAGGCGUCUCCUUCCCAAUCAAAAGCAGUCUAUGUACCCGGUUCCCAAUCGAAUUGGUCCUCCGCAAGACCUUCCAUAUCGGCGUCAACGUAUCCAUCGUCCCCGACCAAUCUCGGAGCGAGGCAGAGCGGCAUUCACUGGGCAGCUUCUCCCAAACCCUGGACGGGUUUGACGGUCUUCCGGCGCUUAUUGAAAGUGCGCAAAUGGCCAUGGGGAUAUCCAUCCACGGAAAGUCCUUUGCGAAGGAUUUGUUGCGCAUUGAGAUUUCAGGCCCGGAUCGCCCUCAUCUAACCAUUGUCGAUUUGCCGGGACUCGUGCACUCGCAGACAAAACAGCAGACCUUCUCCGAUGUCGAACUAGUCAAGGAUGUCGUCAAAACCUACAUGAAAGAACCAAGAAGUAUCAUACUUGCUGUGGUCUCGGCAAAGAACGAUUACGCCAACCAGAUUGUGCUGAGCCUGGCGCGAAGCGCUGAUCCGGACGGUACUCGCACGCUGGGCGUCAUUACAAAACCCGAUACACUCAACCCCGGUUCGGAGAGUGAAGCUACCUAUGUUGCGCUUGCAAGGAACCAAGAUGUCGAAUUCCGUCUCGGCUGGCAUGUGUUGAAGAACAUGGACUCUGAAAAAGGGGAAUCAACACUAGCGCAACGUGACGCCAAAGAAGCCGAGUUCUUCGCCCAGGGGGUAUGGCAGGCGCUCCCUCGCUCAUUGCUGGGGAUCGACAAGCUGCGUAACAGACUUAGCAAAGUCCUGGUCGGUCAGAUCGCGACUGAGCUUCCUAGCUUGGUUGCAGAAAUCGAAAGCAAAUCAGAAACCUGUCGCCGUCAGCUGGAGGAACUGGGACAACCCCGAGCCAACCUGGACGAGCAGCGGACCUACCUACUUCAGAUCAGUCAGGAAUUUCAAUCUCUUGUCAGAGCCUCUAUCGAUGGCACAUACAGCGACUCCUUUUUCGAAAAUGCAAAAUCCGAGACCGGCUACAAAAAGCGCAUCCGAGCCAUUGUGCAGAAUCUCAGCGAUGAUUUCGCCGAGAACUUGACCGAGAAGGGCCAUUAUUGUCAGAUCGUUGAGUCGGAGGCUGACAUGGCCUUUGUUCCAAAGGGAAUCAUCGCCUUUACCAGGGCGGACUACAUCGUCCGGGUCCGGGAUUUGAUCAAAAGAGCCAGGGGAAGAGAGCUGCCGUCCAUGUUCAAUUCCAUGAUUGUGGCGGACUUGUUUGUAGAACAGUCUAGUCCAUGGGAGGGCAUCACUAACGACUACAUUCGGUCGAUCUGGGAGGCUGCUCGUGAGUUUGUGUGUUUGACUGCCAGUCACGUCGCGGAUUCCGAAACUUCCAGGCUUCUUUCCCACGAGGUCUUUCAACCCGUUUUGAGUGCUUUGAUGGGAGCAUUGAAGUCAAAAACUGCGGAGCUGUUGACGCUCCAUCGAUCUAGCCAUCCGAUUACGUAUAAUCAAGAUUUCGUCAAUGCCCUCCAGACAGUGCGCGAAGAUCGCGAUGAGAAACAGAACAUAGAAACUAUCAAGAACUUCUUCGGUGUCUCUUCGAUGGAAAAUUUUCAUUCUAACAGAACAUAUGACCUUCGCCCACUAGCAAAAGCGCUUGUGCAUUACGCCAACUCUGGCGUUGACAGUCUUGCCUGCUCCGACGCCCUGAACUGCAUGGAGGCAUAUUACAAUGUGGCCCUCAAACGUUUCGUUGACGACGUCGCAAUCCACGUCAUUGAGGCAAAGCUCAUUGCCCAUCUGAACAACAUGUUUUCCCCAAUGACCGUGCUUUCAAUGGCGCCUGAUCUUGUACAGAAGGUAGCUGGAGAGUCUGAGGAGAGACGCGCAGAGCGAGAACAGUGGGCCAAGCAGCGAGAAAUCUUGCUCAAGGGAAUUGAGACGUGCAAUCGGUUCAUGGAUGUUUCUCUUUGCCAGAGUGACGGAUUUCCUGCUCAGGCCACUCACAUUUCCAUCACCACUGGCGGAGGCCCUGUCGAGGCUGUCGCAACGGAGGAAGGUCCUUCACUAGCGGAAACGCCGAGUUUCAAUCGACUGAGAACCUGGGGUCAAAGUCUACAGAAGCAAGAAGUAUAG